AAUUAAAAAAAGAAAAAAAGAAAAAAAAAAAAGAAGCUUUAUUGAAUCUUUCCCAACUGCCUCCUUCUCCGACGUAGGAAAAGAGAUUUUGGGCUGAAAUUAGGUGAAUCCUUUUGGGGUGGGUUGGAUUCGGCAUUAUCCUUGAUCUCCCUUUUCCGUUGAAAUUCGGAUCCUCUGAGAUUCAUUUCCCGGUGGUGCUCUGUCCAUCUGAACAAAACCGUUGAAAGUUGGAUUUUUGAGCGGUUUAAAUGGUCCGAGGUGUUGAAUUCUACGCCGAUUGAUGUCAAGCUCUAACCUUGGGUUCCACACAGAAAUGCCGGUCUACGUUGAUCGUGAGGCUCCCAAGCUAUGGAGGAAAAUUUGCACAGAGACUUUUUUGGAGAUUUCACUUCUUGAAGAGAACUGGAAGCUUAUCUUUGCAGGACUUGUUUUUCAGUAUAUUCAUGGCUUGGCAGCUCAUGGAGUUCAUUACCUACAUCGGCCAGGACCAACACUUCAGGAUGCUGGUUUCUUUCUGCUUCCAGAACUUGGACCAGGCAAAAAUUAUAUGAGCGAGACUGUGUUCACCAUUAUCUUCUGUUCCUUUGUUUUGUGGACUUUCCAUCCCUUUGUUUUCCAGUGCAAAAGAAUCUAUACUGUUCUGAUAUGGUGUAGGGUUUUUGCUUAUUUAGUUGUAUCUCAAAGUCUCCGCAUCAUAACAUUCUAUUCAACUCAGCUCCCCGGUCCAAAUUAUCAUUGUCGUGAGGGCUCUAAACUUGCUAGGUUGCCUCGGCCAGAGAGUCUACUUCAAGUCCUCUUAAUCAACUUUCCCCAAGGUGCUAUAUAUGGCUGUGGUGAUUUGAUAUUCUCAUCACACAUGAUAUUUAGCUUGGUAUUUGUCCGCACGUAUCAAAAAUAUGGCACUAGAAGGUGCAUUAAGCAGUUUGCUUGGUUACUUGCUGUGGCUCAGAGCCUCCUGAUCAUUGCUUCUCGCAAACAUUACACCGUUGACAUUGUUGUUGCAUGGUAUACUGUAAAUCUGGUUGUUUUCUUUGUUGACAAGAAAUUGCCAGAGUUGCCGGACCGAUCAGCUGGACUCACAGCUCUACCUCUUCUUCCUUUGAGCACAAGAGAUAAGGAUGGCAAGAAUAAAGAAGAGCACCAGAAUUUGCUAAAUGGGAAUUCCGUGACCAUUCCAGACUAAGCACAGGUUAUCAGCAACAUUUCACACCAUAUUUAUGAUCCCUUUUGCCUGGUGCUUUCAGAAGAGAUACUAUAUAGAACCGUGUAAAGUGCUCUCUACCAACAUUAGACACAAAUGAAUCACAACAUUCAAGUUAGGUACAACGAUAACUGGUGAAUAGAUGUCAGCCCAAGCUGAAGAUAGCUUUGGUGCUGUUAAAGAAACUGGGCUUGUAAACAAAGGUCAAGUUGAAACCAAUGCAUUUUCAUCUCAUUUACUGCAUAUAUACUGAAUAGUCUGAAUUGUAAUGUCUGUUAGAAAUGGAAUGUAAUGUUUCAACAGAUUCAAAUGCUGACUUUAGUCCUAUUGCUUU